GGGCUUAUUAACUCAUGUUAGUAGGUCACAGUCGCAGCUGCUCCUUCUGCUGUCUAGCAGAAACUGGGGGGUAAACUCUCAAAUGGGCGCAGGCUAGUUAGCGAGGCAGGUGGGUGCCUAGUCAGCUGUAUGGCAGGAGAGAAGCUUAUUUUAAAUCUUGAGCGCUAAUGUUAUCAUGCACAAACUCUAAGGUUAGCAACGGCUAAUGAAAGUAUUUCGGUCCUUGUUUGUUUUUAUUUAUUUAUUAGCUAAGUCUAGCUAACGCGGAAGGCGUCUUCCUUCAGUGUAACCAAUGGUUAUGGUAACGGGUUUAAUGCGCUGCACCUUUUAGAAAGCAUUUCCUGCAGAUUUAAGGAUGUCUAAACGCCUGCGAAACACUGAGUUGUGCGCCGAUUGCUGUGUUCCAGAGCCUCGCUGGGCCUCCGUGAACAGGGGAGUGCUGAUUUGUGACGAGUGCUGCAGCGUUCAUCGGGGUCUCGGCAGGCACAGCUCCCAAGUCCGUCACCUGACGCAUUCCACAUGGCCUCCAACGCAGCUUCAGAUGGUGCAGACAUUAUACAGCAAUGGUGCAAAUUCAAUAUGGGAGCACUCCCUUCUGGACCCUGCAUCUGUGAUGAGUGGAAAACGUAAAGCCAAUCCUCAGGACAAACUUCACCCAAACAAAUCAGAGUUUAUUAGAGCCAAAUAUCAAAUGCUGGCAUUUGUCCAUCGCAUGCCGUGCCGUGACGAUGACAGCUCUACAGCAAAGGAUUUAAGCAAGCAACUUCAUUCGAGUGUGCGCACAGGAAAUCUCGAGACUUGUUUGAGGCUGCUGUCUCUGGGAGCACAAGCAAAUUUUUUCCAUCCAGACAAAGGAAACACUCCUUUGCAUGUAGCUGCAAAGGCAGGCCAAGUAUCUCAGGCCGAACUGCUGACUGUGUAUGGGGCUGAUCCUGGAGCUCUAGACAGCAAUGGCAAAACUCCCAUUGACCAUGCAAGAGAGGUUGGUCACUAUGACCUGGCAGACAGGCUGGUGGAGAUUCAGUAUGAGCUCACUGAUCGACUGGCGUUUUAUUUAUGUGGCAGAAAACCGGAUCAUAAAAAUGGCGAGCACUUCAUCGUUCCCCAGAUGGCUGACAGAAAUGUAAGUCCAGAUCUAACAGAACUUGCAAAAGCCGCAAAGAGAAAACUGCAGUCACUAAGUAAUCAUUUAUUUGAGGAGUUGGCCAUGGACGUGUAUGAUGAAGUGGACAGACGAGAGACAGAUGCAGUGUGGUUGGCUACACAGAAUCACAGCACGUUGGUGUCGGAGACGACUCUGGUUCCUUUCCUUCCUGUAAAUCCAGAGUAUUCAUCAACAAGAAACCAGGGACGACAGAAACUCGCAAGGUUCAAUGCACAUGAAUUUGCAACUCUAGUCAUUGAUAUUUUAAGUGACGCCAAACGCAGACAACAAGGGAAUUCUGUCGGCAGUCCGAAAGACAAUGUUGAACUCAUAUUAAAGGGCGUGGCUGUCAGACACAGCAGUGAUUAUGACAGCGUGGCUUCAGAUGAAGAUACAGAUCAAGAGCUCCCUUCGAGCAAAGGGGACAGAACCAAGAGCCUGGACUCUGACAUUUCUGACGGUCCUGUAACUAUGCACGAAUACAUGGAGGUGAAAAACGCGCUCACUGCCUCCGAAGCUAAGAUCCAGCAGCUCUUGAAAGCAAACGACGAUCUGAGCGACGAGCUGAGGCUGAUGCAGAAAAAGCUGCAAUCUCUGCAAAGCGAGAACACCUCUCUCAGGCGGCAGGUCACAACAAAUGUCUAUCAGACCCCCAGCUGUACAGACUACCCUGACCCGUCCAGCCCCUCAGCCCUGAAACGCCGGCAGUCUGCGCGGGCCAGUCGGCCCAUGUCAAUGUAUGAGACCGGCUCGGGCCUGAAGCCCUAUCUUUCCAAAGGGGAAACUCCUUACCCAGAGGAGGGUCUCCCCAGCCUGCAACCCUUUCCACCUCAUACAGAAAGGGGUGCAUUUGUGACCUCUUCAUCCCUUCCCUCAUUUCCAUCCACCCUGUCUUGGUCCAAGGACGACACUCCUCAAACGACGUCAAAGCUGGAAAAGCAAAGCAGCGUGCCAGAAAGCGACUAUGACAACACCUUCAAUGACUCUGAGAUGGAUGAUUCUGGCUUUGGCAGGAGGGGGAGGCUGAGGAGCAGCGGGUGGCUUGGAGAGGGCAACUCCAUCCCUGAGCAGGAGGAUCUGCAGACGGAGUCGGACCCCACGCUGCCGAGCACGGAGGACGUCAUCCGCAAAACGGAGCAGAUCACCAAGAACAUCCAGGAGCUCCUGCGUGCUGCUCAGGACAAUAAACACGACAGACCGUGUGAGCGUGAGGGAGUCCGACGACUCCGUCACAGCCUGGGAUGUUUCAGCACUCUGGUUCCAUGGGCUGAGAAGGCCUCCUCCCCCCUCCAGCCUCUCAGCCUGCGGUCCCCUGACCCCACCUCCUGCUUUGUCCCCUGCUCAGAAAGAAUCCAUGUGGCUGUAACAGAAAUGGCCGCCCUCUUCCCCAAGAAGCCACGCUCAGAGACGGUGAGAGGAUCUCUGCGCCUGCUGACCACCAGCGCCUGCCGCCUACAGAACGAGUGCCGGAAAGCCGUGCCUUUGGACGGCAGCUCAGGGCCGGACAUGCAGCUUGUCACCCAGCAGGUCAUCCAGUGUGCUUAUGACAUUGCCAAAGCCGCCAAGCAACUCGUUACCAUCACAACAAAGGAGAAUACUCACUAAACAGCAUGCUCCAAAGCCACCAUCUCAGUAUUGUUCCUAUAUUCUCAGUGACUAAAAAAACAACUUAUUUUUAAUGUAUUGUGGUAUAUGCAUGUUUUUUUUAUUAUUUAAAAACAAUACUGACUAUAUCUAAAAGCAAGAUUGUCAAAGGGAAAGGAAAAAAUGCAAUGUUAUACAAUGUAUUUAGCUGUUGUUGUAGCACAAUUCCUCUUAAGGUAACAUUUUCCGAAAAGCACAUCUGUAUUGCUCUAUUAUAGAGUGAUUGUGAAACAUCUUUACUCAGCUUAAAGUAGCUAAAAGAAAAAGAAUGAAGCACAUUAGACUGCAUGCUGAAAUAGGUCAAUGAUAGCUGUAAAAACCAUGUUUGUUUGCUGUAUUCAGGGUUCCUACACAUUGAGAAACUCUAAACACUCUAAGGUAAACGUUACCUCACUUCUUUGUCUUUUCUGACUGUAGAAAUGUAAAUGUCGAACAUAAAUUUACAACAGGGAAAGGUCCACAGUCAAAUAUUUAUUUGUCUCAGACACAGUAAAGCUCUUUGCUAUUACAGCCAAUUAUCAUGGAAAGGAAGCAUUUUCUUACUGAUAAACUUUAUGCUCACAAACAGCACCCACUGUUGCUCUGGUGGUUUGCCUGUUGAAUGUGUUAGCCAUUCCUAUGUUUGCCAUUUCCUGAGCUUUGGGUUGUUUUGCCUUUGCCUUUUGGAAUAUGUUCUCAUAAUCAUGGAUUCAGUUUUUGCUGGGUGCAAAUCUGGAAAUAAUCAGAUUCAGUCAUGUUUUUGUUUUUCUGGUUUUAAAAUAUUAAGGAAAUAUGGAAGGAAAUUAGAUGUGAAACAACACUUCUGUGUUGUUUUCCAGGUGCAUUAAAAAAAAAAACCAUGAAAUUAUGGUAACUUGAGUCCAAGGCUAGAGGAUAUUGAAACCAACAAAAUCUAGAAGUAAAUAUAUUUCUUACGCUCUUACGUUUUUUCAUACUUAUCUGGAAAAUCCUGAAAUCAAAUACAGAUUUUUAAAGAUAGUGUAGGAACCCCGAAUGUAAUUCAGAUCAUCUCACCAUCACUUUCAAUAUAAAUAAUUGAGCAUUCAAUUAACUUCCAUCUGUUGUUCAGAAUGAAUGUUUAGACGCUCCUUGGCACUGCGGUGUUAAUCUUUGCUUCAAUAAAAUGUUAUUUGCAUAUUUUGUCAGCUAAAUGUAACCCUGUCUGCAGUGAACUGCCUCUCUGUGCCCAUUUAGUCGGUGAAAGUGAGUUAGACCUGUUCAGGGGCCAAGAUGUUUUCUGCCACCAGCACAAAGAAGAUCUUUUAGUAUUUACUGUUCCAACAGUUUGGUUUCUUCUCACUGGCUCCAUGUUGUCUUGCAGGCGUUUCAUUCAGCUUUCGGUCACAUGUAUGUGUGUUUUGCUCUGUUCUGUUUCCGCUGGUUUUAUUUUCAAUGUACAACGAAUGGGCUAAAACUGUAGAUGUGUUCUGUAUUGCUGAGCAACCCAGUGUUUAUCUUCCCAAAGUGUUUCUGAGUUCAUUUUCAUAUUGAAAUCUCUUCCAAGUAAGUCCCUUCCUGUGCUUGACUGAAGUGCAGGGAUGUAUGAAAUGCAGCAUCUCAGCUGGAAAUGGAAAAAAAAUAUUUUUUAAAUAAACUUUAUUUAUAUGUAAA